AGCAAACAAGCACAAACCCUGGAUUGAAGCUGAGUAUCAGGGCAUCGUCAUGGAGAAUGACAACACAGUCCUCCUCAACCCACCGCUAUUUGCACUGGACAAAGAUGCUCCACUGCGCUAUGCAGGUGAAAUCUGUGGCUUCAAGAUCCAUGGGGCAGGGGUACCUUUUGAAGCUGUAAUCCUGGACAAAGCUACAGGUGAGGGGCUGAUCCGGGCCAAGGAACCAGUGGAUUGUGAAGCACAUAAGGAACACACAUUCACCAUCCAGGCUUACGACUGUGGAGAGGGACCUGAUGGAGCAAAUACCAAGAAAUCACACAAGGCCACAGUGCACGUGCGAGUAAACGAUGUGAAUGAGUUUGCUCCUGUCUUUGUGGAAAAGUUGUAUCGUGUGGCGGUGACUGAGGGAAAGCUGUAUGACCGCAUCUUACGUGUGGAAGCCAUUGAUGGAGACUGCUCGCCACAGUACAGCCAGAUCUGCUACUAUGAGAUCCUGACCCCCAAUAUUCCCUUUCUGAUUGACAAUGACGGGAACAUCGAGAACACUGAGAAGCUGCAGUACAGUGGAGAUCGUCUCUACAAAUUCACAGUGACAGCCUAUGACUGUGGAAAGAAGCGGGCUUCUGAUGAUGCUGAAGUUGAAAUCCAGGUGAAACCCACCUGCAAGCCCAGUUGGCAAGGGUGGAACAAGAGGAUUGAGUACACCCCAGGUGCAGGCAGCCUUGCGCUCUUCCCCAGCAUUCACCUGGAGACUUGUGAUGAGCCCCUGUGGAACAUCCAGGCCACGGUGGAGCUGCAGACAAACCAUGUGGCCAAGGGCUGUGACCGGGACAACUACUCUGAGAAGUCACUACGCAAACUCUGUGGUGCUGCCUCAGGAGAGAUCGACCUGCUGCCGGUGCCUAGCCCCACAGCAAAUUGGACUGCACGGCUCUCGGUACACUACAGCCAGGACAGCAGCCUUAUCUACUGGUUCAAUGGCAGCCAGGCUGCCCAGGUGCCUGUGGUGAAUGGGCCGAAUGCCCAUGAGGGGAUGAGUGACCACUUCACCCUGUCUGUAUGGAUGAAGCAUGCCGUGGUGCCUGGCAAAGGCAGGCGGGAGGAGGAGACGGUGAUAUGCAGUACAGUGCAGAACGAGGAUGGCUACUCGCAUUACUCUCUGGCUGUGCACGGCUGCCGGAUUGCUUUCCUGUACUGGCCGUUGCUGGAAAGCGCAAGGCCUGUGAAAUUCCUCUGGAAGCUUGAGCAGGUCUGCGAUGAUGAAUGGCACCAUUAUGCCCUCAAUCUGGAGUUCCCCACUGUUACGCUCUACGUGGAUGGCGUCUCUUAUGACCCUGCCCUCAUCCACGACAAUGGCCUCAUUCACCCCCCACGGCAGGAACCGUCGAUCAUGAUUGGAGCCUGCUGGACCGAGGAGAAAAACAAAGAGAAAAUCAAAGGAAAUGAGAACUCCACUGAUACCGUACAAGGAGAUCCUCUGUUGAUACACCACUACUUCCAUGGUUACUUGGCUGGCUUCACUGUGCGCCCUGGUAGCUUGGAGAGCCGGGAUGUUAUUGAAUGCCUGUAUGCCUGCCGUGAGGGGCUUGAUUACAGUGACUUCGACAGUCUGGGCAAAGGGAUGAAGGUUCAUGUGAACCCCUCCCAGUCCCUGCUUACCUUGGAGGGUGACGAUGUUGAAACCUUCAACCAUGCAAUCCAGCAUGUGGCUUACAUGAAUUCUCUGCGCUUUGCUACCCCUGGGGUCCGGCCACUCAGACUCACCACUACUGUCAAGUGUUUCAGUGAAGAGUCCUGUGUCUCCAUUCCUGAUGUGGAAGGUUAUGUUGUGGUGCUACAGCCUGAUGCCCCCCAGAUCCUGUUGAGUGGCAAUGCCCACUUUGCUCAUCCUUCAUCAGACUUUGAGGCCCCUGAUGGGGUCCCCCUGUUCCCCAGCCUGCAGAUCACCUGCUCUAUUUCUCACCAGGUGGAGGCCAAGAAGGAUGAGAAUUGGCAUGGUACUGACACACGAAUGUCAGAUGAGAUUGUGCACAACCUGGAUGGCUGCGAGAUCUCAUUGGUAGGGGAUGACUUGGACCCAGAGAGGGAGUAUCUGCUCCUGGAUGGGGCACUGCUGCAGCAGCGAGGCCUGGAGCUUGUUAACACCUCUGCCUACCUGACCAUCACAGGUGUGGAGAGCAUUGCAGUUUACGAGGAAGUACUACGCCAGGUCUCAUACCACAUCAACCGUGGCACUGCGCUUUAUGAGAGGAAGUUUCACCUGUCCUGCACCGAGAUGAAUGGACGCUACUCCAGCAAUGAGUUUACUGUUGAGGUGAAUGUCCUCCACAACAUGAACCGAGUUGCUCAUCCUAACCACAUGCUGAGUUCCCAGCAGUUCAUUCACCGAGGCCAUCAUUUACCCCCAGAACUAUCUGGGCACAGUUUGGCAAGCACCCAUAACAGCCCAAUGGUCCCCAGUGCUGCCACUGUCAUCAUUGUGGUGUGUGUGGGCUUCCUGGCACUCAUGGUGAUCCUUGGCAUCCUGCGCAUCCACUCCCUGCACCGGCGGGGAGUGGGGCAAGAGGUCCCUGGCACUGCUGAAGGGGAGCACACAAGCACUGGAGGCAAAGCGAGCGACAUGUUCUGGGAUGACUCAGCCCUCACCAUCAUAGUCAACCCCAUGGAGUCCUACCAGAGCUGCCAGGAGAGGGCAGCAGAAAGCAGCGACGGCAGAGGUAGUGAGGGCAUGGAGGAUGAAGAUGACAGCACAGACUCGGAGACACCCGACUCCCCAGUUGGCAAAAGGGACGGCUCUCACUGCUACUAG